GGCAGACACAGCUUGUUGACGUAUUUGGUUGCGUCGUUCAUUCGGCUGUCGCCACACUUGGUUUGUCUUUUGGACUUCCAAUAGACCCUGAUUACACUUUCGCAAGAUGAUCCAUUCCCUUGAGGCCAGUACUUCUUCAGCUGUCACUGCGUCUUCGGCUCCUAGGUGAGCUCUUGUGUUGAGUAUGCGGGGGUUCUAGCAGGUGUGCUUUUUGUCUGUAUCCUCCCAGCGGAGGCGCCAUCUCUCAAGGUUUCAGACGCUCUCCUUUUGGACUUCGAAUUCUUUGCAUCCCUCCGUAGCUGGUUUGGUCCCAGAGGCGUGGCGGUCAGCGACCGACGCUCUGUCCACAUCCCUGCUGCUGCCUCCACUCUGGGUGCUUGGCGACCUUUCGAUUCGCACUGCAGCUGCUGCAGUGUUGAUUCGAGCAGGGCUUGUCGCCGGGAACAUCAAUUCUUGGCGCCAGGGGGAGCAGAGCAUGGAUGAAGAGCUUGGCCUUCACAUCCGAUUCUUAUCCACGCUCCCACUCCACCCCCAUCGCCACGCUCUGGCGUGAGCAGGUGCAUGGCCGGAGCGUCGCUCGCCCGGUGGCGCUGCGCACUUUGCCGCGCACGAUGCCCGGCCAGCCCGCAGCAAGGCCCGCGCAGGCCGCGCAGACCCCGCCCAGGUGGCCACUGCCCGCCCCGCGCGGCGUGGGCGCUCCCGCGCGCGCGCCGCUGGUUCGGCGCGCCGCUGCGGCUUGCAGCACGGCCUGCGCCGCAGGCGCCGCUCUCCGCAGCGGCCCCGGCCCCCGCACGGGAGGCAGGCGACGGCCCCGGACGUCGGGCGACGAAGGCCAUACACCUCACAGUCCGAGGACCUGCGGGCGCGCGGCCCCGCCCCCGGCAGCGGGUGCAGGAACGCCGGCGCCGGCAGUGCCGUUCGGACAUCUCGGGGUCGCUCCGGCAGAACUCCAGGCGAUGCUGCGGCGUGACAUCCGCCGCCGGCUCUCUGAGCUGCUGGUGCUGGGCUGGCUGGGGCGGCUGUACCUCCUUGCGCCCUGGGUCUUCAGGGCCCUGUUCCCGAGAUUGUUCCAGUUCGGGCUCUACGAGGGCGAGCAGCUCUGCUUCGAGCGCGAUGGACUCGUGGAGUGCACGCUGAGGGAAUCCAGUGUCGUGGCGAGAGGGGUUCCUUUCACAUUUCGCCUGCGGCUCGGCGGAGACGCCAGGCAAAUAGCAGAGGCCACCCUGGUGAGCAUAGGAUGCGACCUCACAGCCACGCGAAAGGGGACACCGAUGUGCGUGAAGGCAGCGAGCGCCCUUGGCAACACCGUUAACAAUGACUGGACAUCCAAGAGGCUACUGGUAAGGACGAUAGUGCGAACAAUAUUCAAAGAACUUUCGCAGGUGGGCCAGCUCUGCAAAAGUCGGGUUGACUUGGUUCCGCUUGGUACAGAGGUCGCGUUCCACCCCAGGGAGGACUUGUUCGCACAGGAGGGCACGUCUCGAAAGUGGUUGCAGAAGGUGUCAGGAUACUAUUUUGCACAGGCGCGGUUGCAGGACGUGCUGUUUCUAUCAGGCGCAGACAACGUGGCUUUCUGUUUUUAUCCAGCUGCCUUGGAGCCCUUGAACUCGGAGAGCCCAGCAGCUAAUAUCAAUCCAGAGGCUACCUGCUGCCGCUUUCUCUCUUCGCUGGCAGACAUCGCGUGAGGUGCCAUGGUGAUCGCGCACCCCGUUCCUGCAUAGAACGGCAGCAGAUUUCCGCCAGGGUGCUGAAGCUCAACGUACUUAAUGCUUGACGCUAUCCAGUGGUACCCUCGAGAGGCCCAUUGCCUCGUGAUCGUGGCCUCGGGUCCCCAGGGGGGUGCUCCAGCCUUCUGGGGGAGGUCCCUGGCCUCAUGGGACGAGCAUUCGGUCGGCUUGAGCGGCCCGGGGGACGCUUCAGGGCUCCCAGAGCCCCUCGGCCGGCCGAGAUGACUUGCCAAAAUCGCCGAGGAGGGCACCACAGGCUCGAACAUGCUUCCAUGAUUGUUUGGGGUGGCAAGCUUUUCAGCCGAAGAUGACUCCAAUAUGGUCGCCGUUGUGCCCAGCGCGUCCGCCGUCUUGUGUCACCUGGGCCACCAUUUCGUCCAGAAUGUUCCAGGAGAUAUCCUUUGGGCUUUUUGAACGUACGUCUUUUUCUUGAGAUCAUUAUUCGGGUUGGACGUGCACGGCGAUCAUACUGCGAUGGAUCCCUUUCGGGACUAUGUGGAGCAAUCUGUGCUAGCGCGCGAGAUUGCCCAGGACAUUUAAGAAUCUAUAACCG